AUGAGUUCUGGAUCUCCCCCCCAAGGCCCGAAGCCCAAAUCCGCUGUUCCGCCUCGUCUGUUGAACGGGAGCUCUUCUCUCAACUCCCCCAUGAACUCUCGUGGUGCUCGCGAAAGGGAGAGUCUCAACUCAUCUAUUCGCUCCUCAUUCGCCCCCCGCGUCCCGGCGGAGUUCAAUUUGCCAGAGACAGUUGUACAUCCUGUCGAUGAGUCUACGCCUGUCACUAAAGAAUUGAAUACUGACUCACGCGCGGUGAAGCCAUCUUUGAAUGACGUGCCGGGUGAUUCAAGAGAUGACACCCGGGCUUUGAGCCCACCAUCGACAGCUAGCCGCCCAGCAAGUCCAUACACUCUGUAUCCUCCAAUCGAUUUUGAUGGACUGAGCUGGCCUUGCCCUGGCACAAGGGCGCGGCUGGAGUCUUCGCCUGAGGAAACGGAAGAACGAGUUAAAAAAUUGGCAGGGGCAGUGAGAACCAUCCUAGAGUGUAUUGGGGAAGAUCCGGAAAGAGAAGGUUUGCGGGAAACCCCAGAGAGAUAUGCGAAAGCCAUGCUCUACUUCACCAAAGGCUACGAGGAGAAUGUCAGGGAUUUGGUCAAUGGUGCAGUUUUCCAUGAGGACCAUGAUGAGCUAGUUAUUGUCAAGGAUAUCGAGGUCUUCUCUCUAUGUGAACACCACAUGGUUCCCUUUAUGGGAAAGAUGCAUAUCGGCUAUAUCCCCGAUCGCCGUGUUCUUGGGCUUUCUAAACUGGCACGCCUAGCGGAAAUGUUCUCCAGGAGACUACAGGUGCAGGAACGCCUUACCAAACAAGUCGCGCUCGCCAUAUCGGAGGUCUUGAAGCCACUAGGUGUUGGUGUCGUCAUGGAAUCCUCGCACCUCUGUAUGGUGAUGCGCGGUGUGCAAAAAACAAGUAGCACCACCACAACGAGCUGCAUGUUGGGAUGCAUGCGAUCUAGUGCAAAGACCAGGGAGGAAUUCCUGACUCUUCUGCACCGAAGAUAA